AUGGUCAGGAAUAAUACUCAUGUAACUUUCCUCAUUUUGACAGCCUAUGACGAUCUUGGAAAAAUGAAAUAUUUUUACUUCAGUCUCUUACUUUUUCUGUAUCUCACAAUUAUUUUUGCAAACACUACUGUCAUUUCAUUGAUAUUUUUAGACAGUAGCCUACAUGAACCCAUGUAUCUGUUUCUGUGUAAUUUAUUUGUAAAUGAAUUGUUUGGAAGCACUGCCUUCUUCCCUGUGGUUUUGUUUUUAGUUUUAUCAGAUACUCAUGAAAUUUCCAGAAUUUAUUGCAGUUUGCAGGUGUUAUGCUUGUACUCAUAUGGAACAACAGAAAUAUAUAAUUUAGCAUUUAUGUCUUAUGACAGGUAUUUGUCCAUCUGCCAUCCAUUACAUUACAGCAGUAGGAUGAAUCCUUGCAAAGUGUACGCAUUAAUUCUGUUCACUUGGUUUUUUUCAUUGAUCAAAUGCGCAGUUGUUGUGGCCUUACAGUUACGGCUACCACUGUGUGGGAAUAUUAUCCACAAAUUGUAUUGUACCAACUAUGGUUUGGUCAAAUAUUCUUGCAUCGACGCAACUAUAAACAACAUUUACGGAGUUUUCAGUUCAACAUUGAACAUGUCCUGCGCUCAGGAGGCAGAGAUGGAACAGUCUGUGGGUCAGAACCCAUCCUCUGAGGACGAAGUCACCGGGGUCAUUGGAGCGCUCCUCAGUGACAGAGAACCAGGUGUGGAUGAGAUCCAUCUAGAAAUGUUGAAGGAUCUGGAUGUUAUGAAGUAUCAUUUCACACUAGAAUGGUUUCGAGCUGAAUGUGAUGAGGUUGGGAUCAGCAUCUCCAAGUCUGUGGCUAUAGUCAUCUACCAGGAAAAGAUGGCUUGUCCAGUUCAAGUGAAGGGGGAGCAACUGCCCCAGGUGGAGGAGUUCAAGUAUCUGAGGGUCUUAUUCACAAGUGAGGGAAAAAGGGAUUGGGACAUGCAGUUGUUGUAUGCGGUUGUUGUAUUGGAUGGUGGUGGUAAAGAAGGAGCUGUGCUGUACCAAGAGGCAAAGUUCUUGAUUUACCAGUAA